CACUUUAGAGUUUAGAACCCCCUUUAUCUUUCUGCGUCUCCAGGAAUUUAGUUACACAUUAAGAUAAUGAAAAAGAAGUUCCUUAAGGCGUACCUAAACAAGUGGAGGAAAAUGGGGAGUCGAGUCAUUCCUUGUGCCGCUGGAGGUUGUGAGUAUUGUUGUCAGUGGAGUUUGUGGCCUUCCAUGCAUCGCGAGGGAGACGCCAUUCCCAGAGAUGUGCCGAAGGGUCAUUUAGUAGUUUAUGUUGGAGAGAAUUGCAAGCGUUAUGUGAUCAAAAUCACUUUGCUCAAGCACCCACUUUUCAUGGCAUUGCUGGAUCAAGCUCGGGAUGAAUAUGAUUUCGCCACUGACGCAAAACUCUGCAUUCCUUGUGAAGAAAAUACUUUCCUUGAUGUUGUUCGUUGUGCCAGUCAGGAUCGAAGCAUGUUUUUGUGUCUUUAAUUAAUUAACCAAUUCAUCUAUAUUUGCAAGCCUUUUUGAGAAUUUAAUUGAUGCAUACACGCGGUUUAAUCA